AUGGCGUUUGACGACGAGGAUCCCACGGCAGCGCCUCUGCCCGCAGCUGGCGCCCACGCUGUGGGCUCGACCAUGGAAGGCGACGAAGCACCGCCGACGGCCGAAGACGAUCUGCUGGACGAAGAAGUCCAAGACUUUCGCAAGUUCGCCUCGGCGCUACAGAAGACGCAGGUGUCGGGAAAGUCGAUACGAAAGGGCGAGAAGGACUUUGAGUCGCACGGCACGAGACUACAGGAGGGCUACCUCGAGGCCAGUCGUAGAGCCAUGCACGAUACCCUCAGCUAUACGCGAACACAUCCGCCUCCGAGCUAUAUCAGGGGCUGGUACUUUCCGAACCACUUCAGCGAAGAGACGGAAUUGGGAUGGAGCGACAGGGUGGUCGUCGUCGAAGAGGCCAAGGGCGCCAUGUUCAAGGCCAUGGGAAGAGCCAUGAAGGGCCGAGGUGCCAACUUUGCUCCAGCAUGGGACCGGACGUGGUUGCUGCCCGAGGAAGCACUUUAUCUGGUUGAACGCGGUGAUUUGCACCUUUGGUGGCCGGAGCGCGAGAUCAAGGACGUUUUCCCUCUGAAGACGGAAGGAUCCGAUGAAGAUACCAAGAUUUCGCGCGAAGAAAUGGGCAUCCCUUUGAGCUUCCAGGCAGCAUACUCAUUGUUCAUUGGAAAGGAUGGCGAAAGGGGAAAGAUUUCACUCGAGAAGUACCAGGUCUAUGCUAAUUUGCGGCGAUGCGGAUAUUUUGUAUUGCGUGCGGCAUUUGCAACGACAGAAUCGGAUGCUCUCACUCAAAACCCAAGGCCAGACUCGAUAUGGGGUUGGCUCUUGUCUUUACUUUCAAACGAUCCAGCGAAACCACCAAAAUCGUACCCAGCCGAGGGACCCUUACUUAAACCCGGUCUGUACCGUUCCUAUAAGGCCGUCUUCCAACAGCUUCACCUCAUCCAGCGACACAAGCCAACGCCACAUGUCGACGCCUCAAAUCCUGCCCAGCCACCUUUUGACAUCUUCUUCCACGUCUUCAAAUCGCGGCCGAGCUUCAGCAAGGCCAGUCCUCCACCGCCCGACUUCCGAAUAUCGGUUGUCAAUGCACGGACGACAUCAGUUCCAACCAUAACAGAGCUCUCAGCUUUGCUAGAAUCCACGCCCUGGGAUCCGCCGGACGAGAGGAUGGCCGCCGGAUUAGGACCGGGCUUCAUGCAGAAGAGGCUCAAGCACGGCUGGAGAAAUGCAAUCGUGGCAGUGGUAGACAGUGGCUUUACGAGCUAUCUACGUUUCACAGAGAUGGCUUUUGGAGAAGAGAGACUCUAUGAGACAUUUGACCGGCCCCAAGGCAAGGGUGGCAAGAAGGGUCGCGGUGGUCCUGGAGGCCGAGGCGGGCGAGGCGGAAGGGGUGGCGGGCGAGGCCGAGGCAGAGGCAGAGGACGUGGUGGAUGA